AAUAAACCAGAAAGAACUUGUAAGAGAUAAAGCAAGCAGGACUUUAUACAGAAGCAAUCCACCAAAACAAAAUCUGAAAACUUUUAUCUCACUGCUGAUGAUCGUAGAUGGUUCGUCGCCACUGCCUUUGAAGAGGAGAAGAUUCACUAGCAUUGAUUCCAUGGAGGCUGAAUCGGCCAAGGCCAAGCUCGCUGCUGCAAAAGAGAAAUUUGGACGGGAAAUUCGUGUUUUUGAAACUGCUAGUCUGCUUCCAACACAAGAUGGAGUGCCCAACACUGAGGAGCCAGAUGACUUCUAUGAUUUCACCGCGGAAGAUUAUUAUCGACUAAUGGCAAGUAAAAAAGAAGAUAAGCACUUGAAAACAAGAAAAAUCCGAGAAGCAGAAGAGGCUGCUCGAAGAUCAAGAAUAACAAAGGCUGUUGUAAGGAUUCGCUUUCCAGAUAACCACACAUUAGAGCUUACAUUUCAUCCAUCCGAGACACUUCAAAGCUUGGUUGACCUUAUUUCUAAAUUGAUUGCUCGACCAGAUUUGCCAUUCUACUUAUAUACUACGCCUCCUAAGAAGCAAAUAAAGGACAUGACACAGGAUUUCUACUCUGCCGGUUUCAUUCCUGGUGCAAUCCUGUAUUUUUCGUAUGAUCUGCCAAAAGGUGAGGAUGCUGCAGCUGCAAAUUCAGGCCCCUUUCUUCAGGAAGAGAUCAUGUCUUUGAAAGGUUUGGAAGUCAUUGCUGGAGCUGAGCAGCCAGAGUCACUUCAAUCUGCCCCUGAGCCUGCUUCUGCCAGUGCAGUGCCAUCCCCUGCUGUGCACGAGAGCAAGCCUACCGAGAAAAAACCUGCCAAGCCAAAGUGGUUCAAAAUGUGAGUUGACAACUGCAAAAGUGAGCUUCGGCACAUGAUCUCAACAUUAAUAGAUUUCGAGAAGCGGUUAACUUGAUUGUCAGAUCAAAUGAUAAAGUUUGUUCAAUGGCAGUGACUAACAGGUGACUCUAUGUGAAGGAUAUUAACACUUCUACAAAGUUUGAUGUGAAUGUUUUGCUCUGUUGAACUUCUUUUUUUACAGUUUGAUAAUUGCUUCCUUUUGCUUCGAUAUUUCAAGCCCGUGGAACUCUGAGUAAAAAUUUCAUGCUGAAACCAAUGUCCGGAUAUCUGGGCUUUAGCCAAAGUUCAACAAUCAUUUUAGAGGUGGUUGGAUUGGUUACUAGUUACCACCUUAAUGUUUUAUGUGAGGAAUGGUCUUACAAUUGUAGGUCAAUGAGACACCAAAAUUUCUAUUCAUAUUUAGGCAUUUGGCAUGCGGAUGUCAAAAUUCUCUAUCUGAGCUUCAAAUGCAACCGUCUAAUAUAAGUAACAAAUCUAUGUUACUAAAAUUUGGGCGUUGGUGUAUUGAUAUAUGUUAGAGACGGAUGUGUUUAGUUUCUGUUUUUCUAAGAUUUAUUUGUAUUUGGAGGGUCACGUCAAUUCCCGAUAUGUAAUGACGGUGAGUGAAAAAAUGAUAUUCAGUAAGUGUAAGCCUGAAGUUUGAAAAUCAGUAGUAUAUACAGAAGAAACGGCCGCGUGAGGAAGGGGUUCAUUAAGCAAUUCAUUAAAAGAUGUAUCAUGUGAAACUCAAUUAGUUUAUGCACUGAAUUUCAAUUAUCAUUUUUAA